CGACAGGCAACGCAUCUCCUGGUUUCAACGACGAUGCGUUUCUUUGCCUCUCUUGUGUUAGUCGUUGUCGCUGCCUCUGGAUGCUCAGGUGAGCAAAAUCCACACGAAUGUGAGGGGGAAAAUGAAGCCGGCUAUUUUCUCAUAACCCAUCCUACCCGCCGUUACCAAAGACUGCCUUACUAUUCAGAUGAAAGGCCUCACUUUUUCAUGAAAAAGUUCUAUGAAGAAAAGCGCCCACAAUUUUUUGCGAAGCACUUUGAUGACGACGAUAGAAUGUUUCGCCGUUUCCCCCGUUUUAGAAGCCCGCUUGCGCCAUUCUCAAGAAGAUCUAAUGAUGAAGACAGAAUGAUUCGACGUGCUCGCCCUUCUGGAAGACAGUUUCCGCCUUUCUCAGCGAGAUUUGAUGAUGAAGACAGAAUGAUUCGACGUGCUCGCCCUUCUGGAAGACAGCUUCCGCCUUUCUCAGCGAAAUCUGAUGAUGGUUUCCACCAUUUCCGAAGACUUCUUCAUCAUGUGGGCAUACGACCUCUUUCUUCAGCGAGUUCUGAUGAUGAAGACACUAUGCGUCGCAGUUUCCACCAUUUCCGAAGACUUCUUCAUCAUUUGGACAAACUACAUGCUUCUUCAGCGAGAUUUGACGAUGGUGAAAGACCGCCCUCUUUCAUGAGAAGAUCUGGUGAAGAUGACAGAAUGCAGCAUGCACGCCUUUUCCGAAAGUUUCUUCGUCGUUUAGGCUAUCGACCCCCUUCCUUUGCGGGAGAAUCUGAGGAAGACCAUCGACUUCACCACCAUGCUGAAUAUGACUGAUUAAGGCGUGAG